AGAACGGCUGGCUCCCCAGGGCCGAUGGAGCCUGAGGAUUCCUGGGGCCGCGUGGGGCGUCAGGGUUGCUGGCUUAGGGACCCCUGUCCAAGCGUGGGAGCAGGUCCUGACGUGUGGGCUUUGAGGGUGCUGGUGCAAGAGGAGGGUGUUAAGGAGCGGGCCUAAGGGGGGGGAUCUGGGCACUAAGUGGUGCCAGGCAUGGGCAGAGGGGCAGGGAGUGUGGUGGUUUGGGGAUGCUGGGUGUUCAAGUCUUUGUGUCUCCAAUGUCUCUCUUCCGCUGUCUCUGUCUGCGGCUUUUUCUCCAUCUCUCCACCUGUCGGUCUCUCCAUCCCCGGCUCUGCGUCUUUCCCUUUCCGUCGCUCUCCACGCAUCCACGACUCUGUCUCUGGUUCUCUCCGUCUCUGGGGGCCUAGCCUCGGUCCCCGCCCAGAGGCUGGCGAGACCGGGGGCGGGGCGGGCCGGGGGCGGGCCUCGCGGCGCGGCCGGGCGGGGUUAAAGGGCCCGGCCGCCGGACGGCGCGGUCAGAACCGAGGUUGCGGUGCGGGCGGAUCUGGAUCCCGGAUCGAGAGGCCGAGGCCGAGGCCGAGACCCGCGAGGAUGCUGCCCGUCACGGAGCACCUGCUGUACCUCCUGGGACUGGAGAAGACCGCCUUCCGCUUGUAUGCGGUGUCUGCACUCGUCCUGUCCCUGCUCUUCUUCCUCUGUCGCCUGCUGAUACAGCUCCUGAGGUUCUCCUGGCGUUGCUACAUCACCUGCCGCCGGCUGAGCUGCUUCCCCCAGCCACCCCGGCGCAACUGGCUGCUGGGCCACCUGGGCAUGUAUCUUCCAAAUGAGACAGGCCUCCAAGAUGAGAAGAAGGUGCUGGACAACAUGCAUCAUGUGAUCCUGGUGUGGAUUGGCCCCAUUUUGCCGCUGUUGGUUCUGGUGCAUCCUGACUACAUCAAGCCCGUAGUGGGUGCCUCAGCUGCCAUUGCCCCCAAGGAUGACCUUUUCUACGGUUUCCUGAAACCUUGGCUGGGAGAUGGGCUGCUGCUUAGCAAAGGCGACAAGUGGAGCCGGCAUCGUCGUCUGCUGACGCCCGCCUUUCACUUCGACAUCCUGAAGCCCUACAUGAAGAUCUUCAACCAGUGCACUGACACCAUGCACGCUAAAUGGCGGCGCCUGGCGGAGGGCCCAGUGGUCUCCCUUGACAUGUUUGAGCACAUCAGCCUCAUGACCCUGGACAGUCUUCAGAAAUGUGUCUUCAGCCACAACAGCAACUGCCAGGAGAAGAUGAGCGAUUACAUCUCGGCCAUCAUCGAGCUGAGCGCACUCGUGGUCCAGCGCCAAUACCGCGUGCACCACCACAUCGACCUCAUCUACUACCUCACGGCAGACGGGCGGCGUUUCCGGCAGGCCUGUGACACCGUGCACCGCUUCACCACGGAGGUCAUCCAGGAGCGGAGGCGGGCGCUGCACCAGCAGGGGGCCGAGGCCUGGCUUAAGGGCAAACAGGGCAAGACCUUGGACUUCAUCGAUGUGCUGCUCCUGGCCAAGGAUGAAGACGGGAAGGAACUGUCAGAUGAGGACAUCCGAGCUGAGGCGGACACCUUUAUGUUUGAAGGUCAUGACACAACAUCCAGUGGCCUGUCAUGGGUGCUGUUCAACUUGGCCAAGUAUCCAGAGUACCAGGAGAAGUGCCGGGAAGAGAUCCGAGAGGUCAUGCAAGGCCGGGAGCUGGAGGAGCUGGAGUGGGACGACCUGACCCAGCUGCCUUUCACCACUAUGUGCAUCAAGGAGAGCCUACGCCAGUUCCCACCUGUGACCCUGGUCUCCCGCCGCUGCACGGAGGACAUCAAGCUUCCAGAUGGGCGCGUCAUCCCCAAAGGAAUUAUCUGCCUGGUCAGCAUCUAUGGGACCCACCACAACCCCACAGUGUGGCCUGACUCCAAGGUGUACAACCCCUAUCGCUUUGACCCGGACAACCCACAGCAGCGCUCCCCACUGGCCUAUGUGCCCUUCUCCGCAGGACCCAGAAACUGCAUCGGACAGAGCUUUGCCAUGGCCGAGAUGCGCGUGGCCGUGGCGCUGACGCUGUUGCGUUUCCGCCUGAGUGUGGACCGAACGCGCAAGGUGCGGCGGAAGCCUGAGCUCAUCUUGCGCACGGAGAACGGCAUCUGGCUCAACGUGGAGCCACUGCCUCCGCGGGCCUGAUCGCUGGCGCUUCCCUGCGGAUCCCGGGGAGGGGGGGGCCCAAGCCCCGCCCAAAGAGGCCCAGGCCCCGCCCUCGAGGGACCAGACCCCGCCCCCAGGGCACUGAGGGCAGAGACCACGCCCCUCGAAGGCCCGGUUGGGCUCCUGGAGGACCAGGCUCCUCCACUGAGCAGUAUGAUGAAGGUGCAGGCCACGCCCCUCAUGGCAAGGCUCCGCCUCCUGACGGUCUGGUCCUCCCCCUUGAGGUCCAGGUCAGGUCCCCUGAGUGACUGCUUUCCUGCUUGAGGGACCAGGCUCAGCCGCAUCUCUUCGGGCCCAGACCCACCCCCAGGAUCCAGAGCACUCGGGCCUUCAGGCCCCACCCACCCAGCCAUCUGAGGACCCUAGACCUGACACCUAAGGCCUCUGGGAUUCAGGACCUGUCCCCCGUGGAUCCCGGCUGGCUUUUAAGUUGAGGACUUGAGAGCUGGAGCCUGAAGUAAGAGCCCUGGACCCGGACGUCAGCUUCUUGAGGUCCCCAGCUCAUAUGGGCGAACUCCUCUGGCAUCAGGCUGCAUCCCAGGGCUCAGGGUGUGUGCUUCUGUCGAUGUUUUGUAAAUCCAGACCUUCCCUGGAAAAGCCUCUUCCUUCCUCCUUUGCUGAAAGGCCCUUUGCUGAGUGUUCUGAUUUUUGUAGAAUAAAAGCGAGGGAUGCAGACACCCC